CAUGGAUCUUGCAACGACACACGUACUCAGUCGAGCGCCUUCAAAACAGCUCUCCGCCCUUCAUUGACCACCUACUCCCACCCCAAACCGCAGCAAUGCCGUCCGCAAUCGCCAUCAGGAAAAUCGACGGCAAGCCCGGCAAAGUCUACUACCCGCUCGAGAAAAUCAGCAUCCCCACACCGGCCCCCAAGGACAAUGAAGCCGUCAUAACCCUCUCCGCCGCCGCCCUCAACCACCGCGACCUCUUCAUCCGCCAACACCUCUACCCCGGCACCACCUUCGGCGUCCCCCUCCUCGCCGACGGCACCGGCACCGUGACCUCCACCGGCAACUCCCCCAGCGCCCGCGCCUGGCUGCACAAGCGCGUAAUUCUGAACCCGGGGACGGGCUGGGACUCGUCGCCGACGGGCCCCGAGGCGCCGAGCGGCUACGCGAUUCUAGGCGGCACGAAAGCGAACCCCGCCGGCACGCUCGCCGACGCCAUCACCCUGAACGCGGGGGAACUUGAGGAAUGCCCAGAGCACCUGUCCGACGCCGAGGCCGCCGCGCUGCCGCUCACAGGCCUGACGGCGUGGCGCGCGCUGCGCGUCAAGUGCGGCCCGGAGGCGCAGCGCGGGCGGAACAUCCUGAUCACGGGGAUCGGCGGCGGGGUGGCGCUGAUGGCGCUGCUGUUCGCGGUGGCCGAGGGGUGCAAUGUAUGGGUGACGUCGGGCGAUGCGGAGAAGAUCGCGAAGGCGGUGCGGUUGGGGGCGCGCGGCGGCGUGAGCUACCGCGAGGACGGGUGGGAGAAGAAACUGCAAGCCUUGUUGCCUGCGGAGCGGAAAUAUCUCGAUGCGAUUGUGGACGGGGCUGGGGGCGAUGUUGUGGCCAAGGGGAGCCGGUUGUUGAAGGCCGGCGGGAUCAUUUCCAUUUACGGUAUGACGAUCUCGCCGAAGAUGGAUUUCUUGAUGAGCGCGGUGCUGCGCAAUAUCGAGGUGCGUGGGUCGACGAUGGGGUCGCGCAAGGAGUUUGCGGACAUGGUUGCGUUCGUGCGCGAGAAGAAGCUGAAGCCGGUUGUGAGCCGGACUGUGCACGGGCUGGAUAUCGAGCAGAUCGAUACGCUGUUCGAUGACAUGAAAAACGCGAGCCAGUUUGGAAAGCUGGUGGUGACACUAGGAGACAAGAAGGCAAGUAAACUGUAAGCGGAUUCUGCAAUAUGUUAAUCCCAAGGCAAGGAACAGGGCGUCACAGAUCAUGAAUAGGCGUAUCCGUGUUUGUAUACUCUGAUAAGCAAGUCUGACAUUAUCGAAUGGAUCAUAUAACUGAGUUGUAGCUCACAAGUGCAAUGCAGCAUGUCCAUCAGCCUGCGGUUCCAUUCGAGUGCCUUGAGGUUGAUCUCCUCCAUAUUGACAGUGCGAAUCUGUCAUCCCAGCGUGGUAGAGAAGCUUCUUGGGAAACCUCUGGCCGCGAGACGGAAUGUCGCGGCGGAGAAGGACUGCUUUGCUCUGCUCAUGUUUGAGAGAAGCACCACGGUUCCCGCGAAAUCUGGGCCGGAGGAUAAGACAGAGCCAAUGAAUUGAUUAAGUGGAUGUAAUUUACGUCAACGGGGACAACAAAAAACUGCCGACCUUCCACCUAAUAUCCAUUUUGCGCACUGUUGCAU